ACCCAAGCAUGCUGAGAAAAGCAUAUAUUGAAAACUACACUGUUUAUCUCAUGUGGGACAUUCACACCCUCAUGAAUUUCAUAUGUAAAUACGGAACUCUGUCACUAGGAGAUUUUGAAUAUAUACAACUUAUACAGAAACCUGAGGUUGAUGUUUUUACUGAAAAUGUGGGCUUCUGCUUUGUGGAUGGUGUGUAUUAGCUUGCUGUUCAGCACCUCUCUAAGCUGCUUUCAGUGCUUUGUUGCUGUGGAAGACAGCCUUCGCCUCUGUUGGGGCCACAUUUUGACUGAAUACAACAUUAGAAACGUUGAUUCCUGCUUCGUGAAACUGGACAGUAUCUUCAACAACAACGACAGAGUAAUCAAGGCUGGCAGAGUAGGGAAAGGCUAUGACAUUCAGCUGAAGGAAAUUCUGGAUUCAGAGAUCCUGCCCAUGGUAAAGGAGUUCGACCAAAAACUUAAUUAUGACACAGUGUAUGAGGAAAGGUUGCAGACAGCGGCAGACAAUUUCAUUGCAGCUGCUUCCAAACUGCCUAGAGUCUCUGGAUGUGUCCCUCCAUGCGGCUUUCAGAGUGCAGGUGCUGAAUACAACUGUAUUACCUGCCAGUACGACUCCUGUGAAUUCCCUCUCGACUGUCCAGUUGAAGAAAUUAAAGUAAUGGAGAACAGCAGGACCCGCAUGUGGUGCAAUGUGCCAUUUGACUUGCCUAAUGAUAUCGAGAUCAUCUGGAGGUUUGCAGAGGAGGUGAACACUCAGCAGGUAGAUCAGUUUAAGGACAUGACUGCUGGGGUGGACAGCCUAUACUCUAUCCCUUCAGCCAGCUUGCAGCAUCAAGGCACCUACCAGUGUGAGAUCUACUCAGACCAGCGCUCCAUUGUCAGACUGUACUACUAUCUAACAGUGACCCCCCAGGUUGAGGCAGGCCACACAGAGCUGCAGGAGAUAUUCGACCUGUCUCUUCUCCCAGGAGGGUCAUUACUCCCUGCGCCUCCCCCCUCCCUUCACCUCCCCCCUCCACCACAGCUUCUCAUCGCCUGUUUAACUGCCUUGCUGCUGCUGCUCUUCUUUUCCCUGGGGACUUUAUACUGGUCGUCAAUACUGAAGGAAAGAGACGAUGCUGAAUCAGCAGGGGUUGAAGAUUUAAGGCCCUGA